CACACACUCUGACAUCUCACAUCAUCUCUUCUGCACACUCACUGUAAGCACCAGCCAGCCAGCCAGGCCCGUUUGGAACAGGGGAGCCCAGCCGUCUCAUCACCCAAGAUGGAUGUACUGAUGAAGGGGUUCUCCAUGGCCAAGGAGGGAGUGGUGGCCGCUGCAGAGAAGACCAAAGCCGGCAUGGAGGAGGCAGCAGCCAAGACCAAGGAAGGGGUAAUGUAUGUAGGCAGUAAGACAAAGGAGGGAGUUGUGUCGUCAGUAAACACAGUGGCCAAUAGGACCGUGGAUCAGGCCAACAUUGUGGCAGACACAACGGUUGCCGGGACCAACGAGGUGUCGCAGGCAACUGUGGAGGGCGUUGAGAACAUUGCCGCAUCGACCGGGAUGAUCAACCAGGGAGAAUAUGGGGGAAUGGAGCAGGGUGGCGAAGGAGGAGAGGGGUAUUAGUUGUCUUCAGGACCCACCCCCCUCCCAGAUCGUCUCCAGAAGUCCCCAUCCCCCGCCCCCGCUCCCCUCGCCUCGCUGCACCAGACUCCAAAUGUUCAACAUAUUUUUCUGUGACUUUACGGAACCAAAAUCAACUAAAACAGACUCUUCCGGAUGCCCCACCUCAGACCCUAUCCACCCCUCUGCCUUCCUCCUCGUUACCCUCUGCCACCUGUCCUCACCCUCUUGUCCCCCCCCCCCCCCCCCGAUUUUCUGCAGCCUGUAGCUUUUUCCUCCACGGCCCGUCUUACCCUCACCUCACCUCACCUCUGUGUUAGUGUCACCCUGAUAUCGUUACUGCCCCAACGCCUACCUUCUGGGAAACCUCACACACAAACACUCACACAUACACACAAACAAAAAGAGACACACCUUCAUUAGGCACAUGCAUCAAACACACACAUACAGUACAUUAACUAAAUGCCAGCACAGACGCACAACCUGGGCAAAUGAGUGAUGACUGGAAAAGCUGGUAUUCUGCAGUCAAAGACAAAGACUCACUGUGGCAGUGAGGCAGGGUGUGACAGGGUGUGUGAGCUGCUGUUUGUGUGCCUGUGUGUCCAUGCUUAAAUAUGUGUGUGCAUGUGUAGCUGCUGGCGUACAAUAAAAAAAAAAACAGGAGGCUUUCGCAGGGAAUUGUGCAUUGAUGGCAGAUAUCACUCUGUUAUAUGUGCAGUAGUUAGUUAGCUACAGUAGACUGCAUGAACAGGUGUGUAGAAUGACUUGUCACGUGUUGAAACUAUAGAGUAGCAGCUGUUCUGUGUAGCUUUGUAUGGCUUAGUGUGUGUUUCGCCUCAGCAUUUAGAAACAGGGUCAUAAAAGUGACAUUAACCAAGAAGCAAUACAUAGUGCUCAUCUUUCUCAGCUGUGAUGCAUGAAAACAAGAACAGUUGUGAUUCAGUAUCAAAAUUUCAAAGAUUUUAUCUAUAACUUUACCUAUUUACGGCUAAAUAAGCAGAGCUAAAGAAUGAAGAAAGAACAUAUUAACUAUAAUUUAAUAACAACUGUUGGCGUGGUUAGAUUGGACUAACAGGAGCCAAUCUGCCUGCAAAAAAAGCAGAUCUGAUUGCUGAAUCUUGACUGAUUCAUGGAUGAUAUCUCCCUGAUAUCUCCUGACUUUCUGUUCCAAUUCAGCCCCAAAUCAGUGUUUCUUGUGCAAAAUAACCAGCAUUGUUCUAACUUUGGCAGAAAAUAAGUCAUUGCAAAUUCAAUUCAAACCUACAGAACUUUAUUUUAAGCCCUGAAGGAAAAAAAAUGGCAAAAAUAUGUCAGGAUGAAUUUUGGGGGUAUGUGCAUAAAAUGCUGGACAAUACGUUUAGGAAAUUAAAAGGGAAGAAUCCGUCUAAGGGGUUGAAGAUUUCUGUGACGAGAAACAAUCAGUGAGGGAACCAGGCAGCAGAAUGAAGGUUUCAUCGUUGAUCAGCUUUAUGUUUAGUUCUGUGCACAGCUUGAAUUCUGAGGUGUGUAGUUGUUCUUAGGGUAGUUUUUAUUUCACAAUAACUAGACUGAACCCUGGCUGUCCCGAAGCUCCCACUCACUGUCAGCCAAUCAGAUUAUUCCCUCCUCCUGUCACUCAGUGUCAUGCCACCUUUCCCUGCUCGCCUGCCCGGCAUCAGUGUGUGUGUCUGUAUGCACUGUAUGUGUCUGUGUAUAUGUGUGUGUUAACAUAGAACAGGUUCAGCCAGCAAAGUGUGUGUGUGUGUGUUUGUGUCUGGUGCAGGUUUGUGUGUUUUUACUUUGAGGCCAAUGGAAACUGAUGACUGCAUGUUGCCUUAUCAAGCAAUCUGACAUUCACACACACACACACACACACAUAGACCAUACACUACACAACACACGUACCAACACACACUCACACACCACACUCUAAACAAUACACAAUCACACCUCAAAUACACAAACACAAACCACACACCAUGUUUAAGUUGGCAUCAAAGCAGACUCGCUGAUU